AUGCCCGCAUCCGACGCCAUUCCCCCCAUUGCGCUCCCCUUCGUCUCGGAAAAGGCGAAGAAGACAUUAGACCUGGUAGAGAAAUUCGUGGCGCAAGAAUGUAUACCCUCCGACACAGUCUUCCACGCCCAGCUCGGCGAAGGUGAGCAACGCUGGAAAGGCCACCCAUCGAUCAUCGACGACCUUAAAGAACGAGCGAAGAAGCUUGGACUCUGGAACAUGUUUGUGCCUAGGAACCAUUUUAAGGAAGGUGCAGGGUUCAGUAAUUUAGAGUAUGGGCUCAUGGCGGAGUAUUUGGGGAAGAGCAGGGUCGCUAGUGAGGCAACCAACUGCUCCGCGCCAGAUACAGGCAACAUGGAGGUUCUUGCUAAAUAUGGCUCCUCGGCGCAAAAGCAGAAAUGGCUUACUCCGCUUCUGAACGGCGAGAUUCGCUCGGCCUUCCUGAUGACGGAGCCGGAUGUCGCCUCUUCAGACGCAACGAAUAUACAGCUUACCAUGCGAAGAGAUGGUGAUGAAUGGGUUAUGAAUGGGUCCAAAUGGUGGUCGUCGGGAGUUGGGGAUCAUAGAUGCAAAGUCUACAUCGUGAUGGGCAAGUCGUCGCCACACGAAAAGAAUCCGUACAGACAGCAGUCCGUUGUUCUUGUUCCGGCAGAUGCGAAAGGGAUUACGAUCCACAGGAUGUUACAGGUUUACGGAUACGAUGAUGCGCCGCAUGGGCACGGGCAUAUCAGCUUCAAGGAUGUGCGAGUCAAAGAUUCAGACGCCAUGGUACUAGGUGAGGGCAGAGGGUUCGAGAUCAUUCAAGGAAGAUUAGGGCCAGGACGGAUUCACCACGCUAUGCGAACAAUCGGUGCUGCGGAGCUGGCGCUGGAAUGGUUAAUCGCGCGAAUCAAUGACGAGAGGAAAAAAACAUUUGGACAAGCGCUGUCUUCACAUGGCGUACUGCUGGAAUGGAUUGCAAGGUCUCGACUUGAAAUCGAUGCUGCAAGAUUAGUCGUCCUGAACGCCGCCAUCAAGAUCGACGGCGCGAAUGCAAAGGCUGCACUCAAAGAGAUCGCUGAAGCAAAGGUCUUGGUGCCGAGUAUGGCAUUGGCGGUGAUCGAUCGGGCAGUGCAGGCUUAUGGUGGUAUGGGUGUAUGUCAAGACACACCAUUGGCGAACAUGUGGGCACAGAUCCGAACCUUGAGGAUUGCGGACGGGCCGGACGAGGUGCACUUGCAGCAAAUGGCGAAAAGGGAGAACAACGACAGAAGGGACGAGGUGAUCAAAAGGCUGGAGUGGCAGAGAGCGGAAGCGGAUAGGAUUCUCGAGAGGAUGGGGGUGAAGAAGUUGAAGAGUCAUUUGUAA